UGUGUGUGUGUUUAUACCUGCGUCACACAGCCGAGCCUUGUCGUUGAGCGAAGCCGAGAGCAGCGGAGGUGAAACGCGGUGUUAUUGUUUCUUUUCUCUCGUCUUUAAUCUUGUUAUUUUCCCGAGUAAACAACAAACACUCCGUCAUGGUGAAAGUGAGCUUUAAUUCCGCUCUGUCUCAGAAGGAGGUGAAGAAGGACAGCGAGACGCUCAUCCCCGGUGACAAGGACCCCGAGGCGGCGCAGGUUGUGGGCCAGCCUUCACGGGCGUGGUGCUGGUGCUUCUACCUGGGAUUGGCUCUCAUGCUGUCGGGCGUGAUCGUGGGCGGAGCUUACCUGUACAGAUACUACGUGCUGGAGGAAGGCCAGGUGUUUGUGUGCGGUGUGAAGUACACUGAGGAGAACUACAGGAUCCAGGAGGAGAACGAUUACAUAGUGGAGGAACCUGCAGUGGGUCUGCGUAGGAUUGAUGAGAUCGUGCGCGUGCUGCAGGAUGAGGAGGUGGCGCUCAUCAACGUCCCGGUGCCCAACUUCAGCGACAGCGACCCGGCCGUCAUCGUGCACGACUUCAAACGGAGGCUGACUGCAUAUCUGGAUUUGAGUCUGGAUAAAUGCUACGUGAUCACUCUGAACACAUCCGUGGUCAUGCCUCCUCAUGACUUAAUGGAUCUUCUGGCCAAGCUCAAGGCGGGCACCUACCUGCCUCAGACGUAUCUGGUUCACGAGCAGAUGAUUGUGACGGAGAAACUGGAUGACAUCGAGCCCCUGGGGACCUACAUCUACAAAGUGUGCAGAAACAAAGAGACGUACAGACUGCAGCGCCGAGACACCAUACUGGGUCUGCAGAAACGUGAAGCUCUGAACUGUCGCACCAUCCGGCAUUUCGAGAACAGCUUCGCCAUGGAGACUCAGAUCUGUGAGCUGUGAGAGAGAAACCGGCGGAGAGAGAGAGAGAGAUACAGGGAGAGAAAGAGAGAGAGAGAGAGUGGUGUUUAUUUUUCAUGACACUUUCAUUUUUGUCCCUUUUCUGAUGUUCAUGUUAUGGGCUGUUUAAGAUUUGCUUCAGUUUCCAUUUCACUUUAAGCUUCUCUAUUCAUGGGUCACAUGGUAGAAAAUAAUGUGUGUGUGUGUGUGUGUGUGUGUGUGUGUGGAUAAAGAGAGCGAGCAUGCAUGUUCCAUCAGGAUAAUAUAAUCUUCAUAAUUUUAUCAUUUGUUUAUUGUUUUUCGCUGUUGAUUUUUUCCUCUUUGCUCUGUAACAAGUUUAAUGUUUUAGGAAUUAGAGAAGAAAAAAGUAACUUUGUAGAAAUCUAUAUUCAUAUACAAAACUCUAGAUCAAAUGUAUAUGUAUAUUUUCAAAUUAACAAAGAAUAUUCUAUCAUGAAGGUUGACAAGAAAGUGAUUUUGUACAUCACUGUAACCUGUGGCUUUAACAGAUGAAAUAAUGAUGAAUUAUUUUAAAGCAGAAUCAAUUCUAGAUUUGUUAAAAACAUUAUAAACACAUUAAUAAUCAGGAAGUAAAAGAAUUAAACGUGUGUAAUUAAACUCAAAGUGUAACCAUAAUUUAUAGUAGCCUUUCUGUAACAUUAAUAACAACAAUAAUAAAGACUUUAAACUGUC